AUGACCGCGCCGAAACGGAAAAAGUCAUCCUCAUCCUCUUCGUCCUCGAAGAAGCCGAGGCGCCUACCCAGGCCCCGCCCAGCACCGCGGGGCGUACGACGAGUGAGUGUCACCCCUUCGCCAUCGCCAGAGCCAGUGCAGCGCUUUGUGCAUCGACAAGUGGAGCAUCGCACCCUCUCGGAGUCACCGAUCAGGCGAUCGCCCGAACGGGCGGCCAAAGGCAAGGGCAAAGGUGGAGAGGUCGACACCUGGCGAGCCGAAUUCGAGGAGGCUUGGUUGUUGGAUCGCACCGCCAUGAGAGCCAAGAGCUUCUGGUCCUCCCUGACCAUGUAUCCGCGCUCUCCAUCGCCGCAGCGAGAGCAAGAACAGCCGGCAGAGGAGGCAGCUCCGCCCAUGACAAAGGAGGAGCAGAAGCGGAACGACAAGUUUCAGGACAACAUCAAGAAGGCCAUGAAAACCGAGUCCAAGGAGCUGAAGAAGAUUGAGAAGGAACAGAAGAAAGAGAACAAGGAGAAGGACGAUGAGGAGGGCAAGGAGAAGAAGGAGAAGAAAGAGAAGAAAGAGAAGAAAGAAAAGAAGUCCAAGGAUGCGGAGUCUGAGGAGAAGAAGGAGAAAAAGGCCAAGAAGGAAAAGAAGGAAGAGAAGAAGGAGGAAGAAUCUGAAGACGUGAAGAAGUCCAAGAAGGAGGAGGACAAGAAAGACAAGAAAUCAAAGAAGGAGAAGAAGGGUGAGGAAGCCGAAGCAAAGGAGGAAAAGGCCAAGGACAAAGGAAAGAAGGAGAAGAAAAAGAAGAAGGAAUCCUCAUCCUCCGAAGACUCCUCCAGUGACUCAGAUGAGGAGAGCAGCGACAGCGGCGAGACGGUGAUGGAAGAACAGGUGGAAUGGGUCGAGAUUCGACCCAGUGCCGCGGGCGACUCCAAAUACGCUGCAGGCUACAACUACGACUCGGAGGAUGAAGGCUUUGGGCCCAUGCCAGCGAGUCAACAGGAGCUCAUCAACAACAUGUCGCAGAGCAAGGGAUCUUAUGGAGGCUACUUGCUGCCCGGAGAGGGAGAUGCCAUGGCCGAGUACGUGAAGAGCGGAAUGCGUAUCCCGCGCAGAGGAGAGGUCGGCAUCACUGCCGAGCAGAUCGACGGCCUUGAGGGCUUGGGCUAUGUCAUGAGCGGUUCUCGGCACCGACGUAUGAACGCGGUGCGUAUCCGAAAGGAGAAUCAGGUCUACUCUGCCGAAGAGAAGCGAGCCCUCGCUAUGUACAACUUCGAGGAGAAGGCGAAUCGCGAAUCGAUGUUGGUGGGCGAGCUCCGAGAACUCUUGGAGAAGCGACAGAAGGCCAUUGCAACUGCAGUGGGCGAUGGCAGCACGCUGACCGAUCGGUUCAGUUCGAUCGGGGAGCAGAAGAAGUUUCUCUGA